CUAUAGAUUUCAAAGAACUAGAGACCACUGUGGGUCUUGGGGCAACAGUUCAGGACGGCUCAGUCUUAGAGCAGACUGCCACCACUGAAGAUGCCUUUGACGACAGUUUGUUCUGGACCAAGGCUUCGGUCGCACUUUCGCGCCACUUCCGUACAACCCAAGAUGGCGGAGCCCGUGAUUGAAACCAGAUUCAAGAUGGCGGCUUCCGGCUUCCCCCGCAGAACUGCGCACGGGCGACGAGGCCACGCCCACUUCCGACUCCUGCGUCCCAGCAUGGCCGCUUUAGGGACUCUCCUUCAGAGUGUUCGGAGGCUGCACUGCAGCGCGUUGGCUCGGGCGGGCGGCCAGUGGCGACUCCAGCAGGGCCGGGCUGCGAACCCCUCCGACUACGGGCCGCUCACGGAGCUCCCAGACUGGUCUUUCGCCGAUGGCCGCCCGGCUCCCCCAAUGAAAGGCCAGCUUCGAAGAAAAGCUGAAAGGGAGAAGUUUGCAGUGAGUGAGACGCGUUGUGCUGCUGUCACAGGAAAUGGAUGCUGGAUUAGAGGCAUGGCAGCUCCGGCAACAGAAGUUGCAGGAAGAAGAAAGGAAGCAGAAAAACACUCUUAA